AUGGCAGACGGACCAAACUGCAAAUGUAACCGAUGGGUGAUCAGUCUUCAAGCCGCAUUUGAAAGAGAUGACUUCGAAAAACUAUUCCGGAAGGGAGUGCAAAGUAUCACAGAAGAAGAAUUCAAGAGAAUCCCCGAGUUCCGUCAUCGUGAGGACGCACUUGCCUGUCUUUUUGGAAAACUUCUUCUCCGUCACUCCGCUCAAAAAUUCAGUGGGGAGCCAUGGAAGAACAUCAAGUUUGAGAGAACCGAACGCGGAAAACCAUACUUGGCUACUCCAGCGGACACCAAGUUUGGACUAAAUAUCUCACAUCAGGGAGACUAUGUCGCUUUCGCUAGCAGCUGUACUCCGAAUGUAGGGGUGGAUGUCAUGAGAUUAGACACUGAACGAAACAAUAAAACAGCUGAUGAAUACAUCAACUCCAUGGCGAAGUCGGCAUCUCCUGAAGAGCUUCGCAUGAUGCGUUCCCAGCCAACCGAGGCCAUGAAGAUGACCAUGUUCUAUCGCUAUUGGUGCCUCAAGGAAGCAAUUCUGAAAGCCACCGGAGUGGGAAUCAUGAAGGACUUGAACAGUCUGGACUUCCGCGUAAACAUGCAAGAUCGUUAUCGUCCAGGUGCAUUCGUAACAAGCACAACUGUUUUGGAGGACGGAAGACUUCAAGAUCAGUGGAUCUUUGAAGAGACUUUUGUAGAUGGAAAACAUUCUGCUGCUGUUUGCAAAGACAAGAAGCUCCCACGCGAAUGUGUAUUCAGACAAGAUCCUGAGGCGAAGAUUUUCUUCAGCAAGGUGACAUUCGAUGCUCUCCUUGAAAACGCUGAGGUCAUCAACCCAAUGACAAAUGACGCAGUUGAUAUCUUUGAGGACUUCAUGAAGAAACCAAGAAAAACUUUCUAA